ACCGCGGCGGCGGGGCUGUCUCAAGCCGCCGUCCCGCCCCUCCCGUCCGGCUGCCGCUGCCACCGUCUCUGUCGCCGCCGCCGCUGCCUGGGGCUUGGUCGAGGUGGACGGUGGGUUUGGGCCGGAGUGUGGCACCGGUGCCGCUGCGUGAAGGGGCCAGCGGGCAGUCAGAAAAUGGGUAAGAAGAGUCGAGUAAAAACACAAAAAUCAGGCACUGGUGCUACAGCAAGUGUGUCACCAAAGGAAACCUUGAACCUGACUAGUGAACUACUGCAGAAAUGCAGUAGCCCUGCUCCCGGCCCAGGGAAAGAGUGGGAAGAAUAUGUGCAGAUCCGGUCUCUAGUGGAGAAAAUACGGAAAAAGCAAAAAGGUCUGUCUGUUACUUUUGAUGGAAAAAGAGAAGAUUACUUUCCUAAUCUAAUGAAAUGGGCCUCUGAAAAUGGAGCUUCGGUUGAGGGUUUUGAAAUGGUUAAUUUCAAAGAAGAGGGCUUUGGUUUGAGAGCCACAAGAGAUAUCAAGGCAGAAGAAUUAUUUUUAUGGGUUCCACGGAAAUUACUAAUGACUGUUGAAUCUGCUAAAAAUUCUGUUUUGGGACCCUUAUAUUCUCAAGACCGAAUUCUUCAAGCCAUGGGAAAUAUUACACUGGCCUUUCACCUGCUGUGUGAGCGUGCCGACCCUAACUCCUUCUGGCAGCCCUACAUUCAGACCCUGCCCAGCGAGUACGACACCCCUCUCUACUUUGAGGAAGAUGAAGUCCGGUCUCUGCAGUCCACACAGGCUGUCCACGAUGUCUUCAGCCAGUAUAAGAACACAGCUCGGCAGUACGCCUACUUCUACAAGGUCAUCCAGACCCAUCCUCAUGCCAACAAACUGCCCUUGAAGGAUUCUUUCACUUAUGAGGACUACAGGUGGGCAGUCUCUUCUGUGAUGACACGACAAAACCAGAUUCCCACGGAGGACGGUUCCCGGGUGACCCUGGCUCUCAUUCCUCUGUGGGACAUGUGCAAUCACACCAAUGGCCUGAUCACCACUGGGUACAACCUGGAGGACGACCGCUGUGAAUGUGUGGCUCUGCAGGACUUCCGGGCUGGAGAGCAGAUUUACAUUUUUUAUGGCACUCGGUCAAAUGCAGAGUUUGUGAUCCACAGUGGUUUUUUCUUUGACAAUAAUUCACACGACAGAGUGAAAAUAAAGCUUGGAGUGAGUAAAAGUGACAGGCUCUACGCGAUGAAGGCUGAGGUGUUGGCCCGCGCUGGCAUCCCCACGUCCAGCGUGUUCGCCUUGCACUUUACAGAGCCGCCCAUCUCUGCCCAGCUGCUGGCUUUUCUCCGAGUAUUCUGCAUGACCGAAGAAGAACUGAAGGACCAUUUGCUAGGAGAUAAUGCUAUCGACAAAAUCUUCACCUUGGGUAACUCUGAGUAUCCUGUGAGCUGGGACAACGAGGUCAAACUCUGGACAUUUCUUGAAGAUCGAGCCUCGCUUCUUUUAAAAACAUACAAGACAACCAGUGAGGAAGACAAGUCCUUCUUGAAAAACCACGACCUUUCUGUUCGUGCGAGAAUGGCCAUCAAGUUGCGCUUGGGUGAAAAAGAGAUUUUGGAAAAGGCAGUGAAGAGUGCAGCUGCCAACCGGGAGUCUUACCGCAAGCAGAUGGAGGAGGGGGCGCCGCUGCCCAAGUAUGAGGAGAGUAACCCAGGGCUGCUGGAGGGCGGCGGGGCGGACUCGAGGCUGCCCCUGGUCCUGCGCAGCCUGGAGGAGGAGGCUGGCGUGCAGGAGGCCCUCACCCUCUCUGAGGUUGUCAGCCGAGCAAAGGCUGCGGAAAACGGGCUCAUCAGUGGCCAAAACUCUAUUCCCAACGGGGCCAGGUUAGAAAAGGAAAGUUUAGACCCAGAGGAAAGGAAAAGAGCGACUGAAGAUGCCAAAGAACCUUCAGAGAGCGCCGAGGGAGUCGGCGAGCAGCUCUGAGGGCGCUCUGCCUGGAGCUCGUUCCGAUUUAUGGACAGCCCCCUGACAUCGCUGUGGUCCCUGGUUUCACGUUUUUGUUGUGUUUUUUUUCUUUUCUGCAGAGAGGAAAGUGUUUUUGCUGCUUUAUAUAAAAAUAAUUUUUUUAAGUUAUUUAAAAAAUCUAGCUUCCCUUUUUGAUUAAGAUUGCCAUCUUGCUUUUAGGCAAAACAAGUUAUCAAACCAUGACAGCGAAGGGGGAAGAGAGGUGCCGUGGAAGAUUGUGCAGAGCCAUUGUGGGCAAAGUAUUUUCUUCCUGGGGAAGAAUUAGCUCCUCUCUCAGCUGUGCUUUUGUGGGCCUGUCAUCAUGACAGCCAGAAUGAGGCCUGCUCUGCCUCCUGCCAAACAGGACGUGGUGGGGGCUGGGGGCUCCGUGUGGGAAGGGGGUGCAGUUGUACAGCCGAGAACGGGCUUGAGGUUUGGAAACUUGUCUGCAGAAUCUUUUUUUCCCCUAAAAAUUUAACACUCCAUUACCAAAAGGAGAGGUAAGGUGGCAACCUUAUUUUUAAUAGUUUUAAAUGUUGACGAUAACCCUAAUUAUAUAAUUAUACACACACCUAGUGAUUUCUAAAGAUUUGUUUACUUUUUGUGUUUUGUUUACUGUAUUAAGAAUGUGUCCUUUCUCCUUGAAUCAACGUAGGACAUGCAUCAUUCCUAGUUUCAAAUGUUGGCCCUGCGCUUAAAGUGAUGCAUUUGAUUUCCAGUGUUGGGAGCGGAGUUUGCAAACCCAGCGGCUGUUUUCUGCGACCAGGUUCAGAGUGAGGUGGCUUCCUGGCGCUUCUGGUUUUCACAACAAGCUAGAGAUUUUCAAAGCUACACUUUUGAGUAAAAAGCCUUAUUAAAAGGAAAAUGUGAUUAAUA